AAAAUCGCUUGUUUGACUGGGUUUUUUUUCAUUGUUCCAAUAUGACUAUUUUUUCCUGUCUAACCCCAAUAGGCGACCUUCAUCGUAAUCAUGGUUCUCAGGUCAGUGAUACUGAUGAUGCUAACUUCAUGUGUCCUGUCAUCAACAAUACUGGAGCAAUGUAAGGAGCAGCAUGACAUAGCGUUUGUAUUGGAUUCUUCUCGAUCCAUGGUCGAGCAGGGACUGGUAAUGGCCCAGUCUUUAGCCCUCAAUGUGGUGAAUGGUUUUAGUGUCGGUGAAGACAAAACACGUGUUGGUCUCAUAACCUUCUCCGAGGAGUCUCAUAUUCAGUUUCAUUUUGACACGUAUUACACGAAAGAGGAAAUAUACUUGGCCGUGACGUCACAUGAUGGGAUAAACUUCACCUCUGCAAGUAUUGAUAAAGCAUACAAAGCCAUAGAAUUACUGUUUAGUUCAUCGUUUGGGUCCAGGCCAGACGUCAGUAGGUUCGUGGUGUUUAUUUCUAAUGGACUAUUCACAACUACCAACAUGACCAGCGGUCUUUCUGGCAUGCUGGAUCGACUUAAAGAAAUGAAGGUCAAGAUUCUAGUGGCUGGUGUUGGUAUAGAGGUCAAUAAACCACGGCUAGAGAAGGUGGUCGAUGACAAGAUCAAAGAUGUCGUGACGGCAGAGGAAUUCAAUGCUCCGAUGCUCAUACAGAGAAUCCGCGAACUAACUGAUGAGUUUUGUCAGAUGAAAAUGAACCCUAAGGAUUAAACAAUAGAAUCGGCUGCAUCUUAUUUAGAAAAAGAAAACGCAUCGCUUCAAUCAAGGUUUACUGUAUUUGAUAGUUUUAGACAAUAAAAUACAUCUUGUGUUGGUUACCGUGUUCAAUGUUUUUAGGAUUUUUAAGACCUGUGUUACCGCGUGAAAUGUGAAGGGGAUUGGUACUAGGCUGUYUAAUAGAGACGCAAUCUCGUACCCAGAGCCCUCCCGCGCCUUCCUAUCAUCAUCUUCGCUGUCCCAGGCACUGACAACAGGAAGGCGCCGGAAGACUCUGGGUACGAGAUUGAGACGAGGGAGAUGAUGAACUAGCAGGACUAAGAAAAAAUGGUUUAUUUCCCAAAUUCGACCCUGCUUGCACUUCAAUCAUCGGAGAAUAAUUUGUCAGCUAGUGUUAUUGAAAUUCUUAAAUUAGCGUGCAAAUGAUGACAAUGUCUUUAUCSAUUAAGAAGAAAAUGUAUCCGAACAGCACC